AAAUGAUGAAGACACAGAAAGACAUGCAGCAGAUGAUCCAGGACAGAGUCAAGAAAAUUCAAGACAUCAAACACUCAGCAGAAGUCAGAAAAAGAAACGCAGAGGAGGAGAAAGCAGCCCAUGUUGAGCUCUUCACUGAUCUCAUCUGCUCCAUUGAGAGAUGUCAGACUGAACUGCUGGAGAUGAUGGAGGAGCAGCAGAAAGCAGCAGAGAAACAGGAGCAAGAGCUCAUUGAAGAUCUGGAGCAGGAGAUCACUGAGCUAAAGAUAAGAAACACUGAGCUGGAGCAGCUCUCACACACUGAAGAUCACCUCCACCUCCUACAGAUUUACUCAUCCCUGUGCAGCCCUAAAAACACCAGGAUCUGGCCUGAGAUCAAUGUGAGGACUUAUAAGAAUUUGGAGACUCUAAGGAGAGCUCUGACUCAACUGCGGGACACACUAGAUGAGAAACUUAAUCAAAGGGAGCUGAAGUGGAUGCAGCAGUAUGCAGUGGAUGUGACUCUGGAUCCUGAUACAGCUCAUCCAUAUCUCAUCCUGUCUGAUGAUGGAAAACAAGUGAGAUAUGGAGACACUAAGCAGAAACUUCCAAACAACCCAAAGAGAUUGAGUAGAUAUGCAAUUGUUCUUGGAAAGGAGGGAUUCUCCUCAGGGAGAUUUUAUUUUGAGGUGCAGGUGAAGGGAAAGACUGACUGGGAUUUAGGAGUGGCCAGAGAAUCCAUUGACAGGAAGGGAGAGUUCACACUGUGUCCUAAUAAUGGAUACUGGACUGUGGUUCUAAGAAAUGGCAAUGAAUAUAAGGCUGGUGCUGGUCCCUCCGUCCGCCUGUCUCUGAAAGUGAAGCCGCAGCGGGUCGGUGUGUUUGUGGAUUAUGAGGAGGGUCUGGUCUCCUUUUAUGAUGUGGAGUCCAGCUCUCAUAUCUACUCUUUCACUGGUCAGUCUUUUACUGACAAACUCUAUCCAUAUUUUAGCCCAUGCCCUAAUGAUAAAGGUAAAAACUCAAACCCACUGAUCAUCACACCUGUCAGUUAUAAUAAAUUAAUUUACCCCAAUAUGAACUAGAAACACUAAAUGAAAAUAAGGACUUUUAAGAUAAAAAUCUAAAACCAUUCAUAUUUGCUGCAACUCAAAUAUUAAAAGAUUUUUUUUUUUGACAAAUGCUUUUUUUAAAAUCAGUAAAUGAACACAAUUUUCCCCAUCUCUACCUAAUAAAGUGGAAUUUCCUGUAAUAUAUUUACAUCAAAAUAAACCAAACUAUUGUAAUUUUGAUAAAACGUUGUAUCAUGAUUGUUUGUCAUCUC